AAAGGCCAUACAUACUCUUCUUCUUCCCCAAAAGCAGCUCACACUCUCUCCAAAUCCCUAAUUUUCUCACUCUUUCUCUCUCUGCAACUCAACCCAAAUUCACCAUGACCAAGCAGCACGCCAAUUGGUCCCCCUACGACAACAAUGGCGGAUCCGUGGUGGCGAUUGCCGGAGCUGAUUACUGUGUGGUGGCCGCCGAUACUCGGAUGUCGACCGGUUACAGUAUUCUCACCCGCGGCUACUCCAAAAUCUCCAAAUUAGCAGAUAAAGCUUAUAUGGCCUCUUCUGGUUUUCAAGCUGAUGUGAAAGCUUUACAGAAGCAUUUGUCAGCUAAGCACUCGAUUUAUCAGCAUCAGCAUAACAAACAAAUGAGCUGCCCUGCAAUGGCACAACUACUUUCCAAUACUCUAUACUUCAAACGCUUCUUUCCCUAUUACGCCUUUAAUGUUUUGGGUGGUCUAGACACCGAAGGCAAGGGUUGUGUCUUCACAUAUGAUGCUGUUGGUUCCUAUGAGAGGGUUGGAUAUAGUGCCCAAGGUUCUGGUUCCACACUCAUUAUGCCUUUCUUGGAUAACCAACUGAAGUCUCCCAGUCCUCUCUUGUUGCCUGCUGUGGAUGCUGUAACACCACUUUCAGAAGGAGAAGCAAUUGAUUUGGUCAAAACUGUUUUUGCUUCUGCCACUGAGAGGGAUAUAUACACUGGUGACCGUCUUGAAAUUACUGUCCUAAAUGCUAAUGGCACUCGUACUGAGUUCAUGGAACUGAGGAAAGAUUGAGCUCUACCCAGAACUGUGCUGCUGGGUUUGCCCAACGCAGAAAAUUGGAGUUUCAUGCUGUGCCCUUUGUUCGUAAAUCAAGACAAUCCAAUCAGUCUCAUCACUGUUGGUUGUGGUUCAGCUUUUGAUAAAUCCAAUUUGAAAAACUCCCAUCUAGUUAAAUCAAAAUGUUGUUCUGAUGCUUGUAUUAAACCUGAUAUUUAUGGAGCUUACUUUUUAGGUUAUCCAACUGCGUUUGGUGUUCAGGCAAAACAGGUUUCAUGUGAUUGUUAAAUGACAUCGAUCUCUUUUGUUGGGUAUCUGAGCAAGAGAUAUUGGAUAUCAUUGUUAUG